UUGACGACAGACAUUCAUUCUAGCUCCCGAGACCGCUUUCGCCGAGCACCGAGAAUAGUCAAUAACUCCACGUUGUCAUUGUGUUGAUCUUCUGAGCUCAAAGAAGAUUAAAAACAUCAACAAAUCCUCCUGGAAGUUUAUUAAAAUGUGCAAAUUACGGUCCGGUGUGAAAUAAUCGACGGGACACGCAUCAGUUUUCGUUUUCCAAGAAGAGGACUACUACAAACUGUUUAACUACUGUGUGAUAUACCCUGUGAGAUGUUGGGCGAAAAUUUUGAUUGAGAGAUUAACUAGAAUUGUCACCUGGGACUUGUUGCGAAUGUGUAUUGAAACGUUCAUCGCUAUCCACGGGCGCACUGCUAUGCGCCACGAUUUAGUGCAUUUUAUACGGCAUACAUCCUCUGAUCACUACUGCGAAGGGACACUUUAGUUAUUGAUGCAGGUCGCUAUUGAUGGCGUUGUUGAGCAUCCGUAGCGAUUGGUACUUGUAUUUUUGGUUGGUGUAUCGCAAAAUCUACUCCGCUCUCGUCUGGCUCGCCGGCACCAACUGCCGCGGUGAUAAGAGAGUGAUAAGCGCUGCCAGUGUUCAGUCGAACUCGAGCCUCCACAGAGUGCGUACGCGUCGCAGGAAACAGAGAAAAUACACGCUGGUUCGGAGACCCUCGUUCAAGAAGAUAGUAAUGGCCCCUGGACCUACUGCACACGCGAUGAUGGAAGACAAGGAGAAAACGCUGUCCAAUGUGUCGAUGCGCACGCGCCGCAUCAGCCAGUUCGCGCCGCUGCUGAUCGCGCUCGUGGGUCUGCCGGCGCGCGGCAAGAGCCAGAUCGCGCACCGCCUCGCCAGACACCUCAACUGGAACGGCGAGAGCACUAAAGUGUUCGACUGCAGCGAGUACCGUCGCCGGCACAUGGCGCUGUACGGCAGCCACGACAUAUUCCGCGCCGACAACCUGCAGGGCUCCGCCAUCCGCCGCCAGAGCGCGCGCGAGGCGGUGCAGGACGCCGUGCUGUGGCUGAAGGAUGGGAACAGUGUCGCUAUAUUCGACGGCACCAACAUAACUCGGGAGCAGCGUCGCGAGUUGAACGAGUACUGCAUCUCGGAGAUGGGCUUCAGGAUUCUCUUCAUUGAGUGUGUCUGCGAGGACCAGGAGUUACUGGAGAGAAACAUCAUUGAGAUCCUCCACUACUCCGCGGACUACAAGAGCAUGAGUGAGGAGGAGGCGGUGGACGAUCUGAGGAAGAAGCUGGAGCAUUACAUGAGGCAGUACGAGUCCAUAGACGCGGCCACUGAGAAUAUCAGCUUUGUGCGAGUGGAAAACAUGGGGGAAACGGUCACUGCUCACAAAGUAGCGGGACAGAAGGAGUCGGGAAUUCUCGGGUAUAUCUCGGGCAUGAGGGGAUUGCCGCAAACUCUGUACUUCACCAGGCACGGCGAGAGCGAGUACAACGUGCUUGGGCGCAUUGGUGGCGACGCGAGUCUGUCUCCUCGCGGUGCCCGCUACGCUCACGGCCUGGCUGAGCACAUGAACGCGCUGGCUGCGGUAGAACCUGUGACAGUUUGGACGUCAGAGCUGAGGAGGACCAAGCAGACGGCGGCGGAGAUCAUGGCGCCGAAGCGGGCGAUACGCGCUCUGAAUGAGCUGGACGCUGGCAUCUGCGAGGGUCUAACCUACGAGGAGAUGCAGGAGCGCUUCCCCCAGGAGUUCGCGUGGCGGGACCAGGACAAGCUCCGCUACAGGUACCCCUGGGGCGAGAGCUACAUCGACAUCAUGACGCGCCUCCGGCCGGUGCUGUCGGCGUUGGAGGACGAGCACAACGUCGUUGUGGUCGGCCAUCAGGCGGUGUUGAGGUGCAUGCUCGGAUACUUCUUGGACGCUAAGCUUGAUGAGCUACCGUACAUGAACGUGCCCCUGCACACGAUCGUGAAGCUGUCCUCGUACGGGUACAAGUACAAGGUGGAGAUGAUCAAGCUGCCCAUCGAGUGUGUGGACACGCACCGCAAACAGCCCAAGAACUGCUCAAUCAAUAGAACAACCGCUGACGCCCUGGUAACCGUUCCCUCGCACUACGACACUCUACCUUCCAACCUGUGGCAGAACACCGAGACCGUGUAGACCACAUAGAACCACGUCCGAGCAACAAGUACCAUGUGACAAAAAGUCACGAACGCAGCGAUUGAAAGUCGCGUGCGGA